GCUAUUUUACUUCAAUCAGAACUUAUGCAAUUAUGUUCAACACCAAAAGGUUUAGUAGAAGCUACAAUUGUUGAAUCAACUAAUUUGCCUGAUCUCGGUUUAGUCUGUACAGCAAUAAUAAAUAGAGGAACCUUAAAGAAAGGAACGAUUUUGGUUGCUGGAACGUGUUAUGGACAAGUUAGAACGUUAUCCAAUGAAUUUGAUAAAAUUUUGGAUGAAGCUGGACCGAGUACUCCUGUUCGAAUUAGUGGUUGGAAAGACGAAUUACCUCCACCUGGUGAAUUAGCUUUUGAAGUUCCUAAUUUGUCCAAAGCAAAAAAGAUUGUUGAAUUUAGAAGACAAAAGAAAAUGGUCACAAUGUUUGUUGAAGAUUUGAAAAUCAUUGAAAAGCGAAGAGAAGAGGCUCGCGGAAAAUAUAGACAACAACGUUUUGAAUUGUUUAAACAAGGAAUUAUUGCUAGAGCUGGUCACUCUCCUGAUGCUUAUACAAAACCUAAUGAAGAAGAAAUUGCUGCUUUAGAAAUUCCUAGUCUUACAAUAAUUUUGAGAUGUGAUGUUGAUGGAGCUCUUGAGGCACUCAAAAAUGUUUUAUCAACGUAUAAUGCUAAAGACCAAGUUCGCCUUAAAAUUGCAAGUGCUGGUGUAGGACCUUUAACUGAAAAAGAUUUGGAAUUGGCAGCUGAUAUUGGAGCUUAUGCCCUUUCAUUUAAUGCACCAAUUCAUCAAUAUAUUAGAGAUUUGGCUAAAAGUAAAGGAGUGGCUUUAGAAGAAUUUCAUGUUAUUUACAAACUUGUGGAUAGAUUAAAGGAAUUAUUGACACAAAAAAUUACUCCAAUAAUAGAACGUCGUUUAGUUGGCAGUGGAACUGUUAUACGUGCUUAUAAACUUAAAGAUGGACAAAAAAAGAAGCAACCUGUGGCUGGAAUAAAAGUUGAUUGGGGAAAAAUGGAUAGAAAAUUUAUCUGGCGUUUUGUAAGAAGUGGAAAUGCAACGUCUGAAGAAGAGAACAUAACAUUAUAUGAAGGCAAUAUAAAUUCAAUGGAAUGUGAAGGACAAGCAAUAAAUCAAGCAACUACAGAUAUGCAAAUUGGAGUCGCAAUAGCUGACAAAAAUGUAUCUUACAAAGAAGAUGAUCGAGUAGAAGUAUUUGAAGAAGUUCAUGUCCCACAACAAAUAAAUUGGAACCCUCCGGGGUUUUGAAAGAAAAUGUCUCAAUGUUUUGUAAAGUUUGAAAUUUUUUUUGAAUUUUUCUUUUGUUAUUUGUUUUGUGUUAACGUUAUUUUUCGGCAAAUGGGGUGGGCUCGAGAGAAAGAGAAGGGGGUUGGCGUUUUGUUAGGACUCUCGUUAAUGUACUGUACCUCCAAAAUUAGGAGAGUAUUUUUUGAAAUAUUUCUGGAAAAAAAUUUUUUGGCAAAAUGUUAAGUGAGAAAUGAAAGGGUGUAGGAUUUGCUAUAACUAUACAGCACAAAUUUACAAAAAUUUUAAAAAUAUUUAAAACAUUUUUUAACCGGGUCAAAAUUAAACAGAGGUCAAUUUUCUUCAGAUCACCAUCGAAUGUAAUUUGACCGGUAGCAACCAGAUCUGGUAAAAAAUGAUUUAACUAAUUAAAUGAAACUUUUAUUUUUUUCAUCCCCUACCCCUAUUUUACCCACAAAAUAUAAAAUCUUUUAAGAAUUUUUACUCACCUUCAGGUGGUUUUUGUCCCAAAAUAAUGGAAAGGAGUGCAAUGGUGAAGGAGUCUCCGCAGCUGGGACCAGUUAAUUGCU